GAACAAGAUGGGAGGAUCGAGCUCCAAAAAUACCCCAUUGGACUGUUUUCUCACUAACUUUAAAUUGGCUUUUUUCCCUGAGCAGGAAGAUAAAUAUGGAAUGAAGUUUUCUCGAGGGAAACUCCGAACCCUCUGCAACUUGGAGUGGCCCGCCUUCGGAGUGGGCUGGCCAGCUGAAGGUUCUUUCGAACCAAGACUUUGUCGGGCAGUCUGGGCAAAGGUCACUGAGCACCCUGGCCACCCCGACCAAUUCCCUUAUAUUAACAUCUGGGCCCAGGCCUGUGAAGAACCUCUGGCGUGGCUGCAGCACUGCUCCCUGCGCACCAGUUCUCGUAUUCUGGUAAUGGUACCACAUGGGGUAAAGUCCGCAAAGCGGCAGGCACCCAGGCCGGUGUCCUCCCAGGAGCCGGACCCGUUAGAGCCUGCUGACCCCGGGUUAAGACCCCUCCGUAUGCAGAACCAUCCCCUGGGGAGGCAGAAGUUGAGUCCAUCUACCCAUCUCCCUGGAAAGAAGGGGAGAUCCCGGAUUCCACCACCUCUCCUUCCCAUACCGAAGGGCUCUGCUUAUGGGCCCACGGAGGCGCCCCAGGAGAGACCGGACCCGGUCCCUGUGCUCCCAUUGAGAGAAAUAGAACAAGGUCAUUAUGUGUACAUUCCUUUCUCUACAAGUGAUUUAUAUAACUGGAAGCACCAGAAUCCCCCAUUCUCUGAGAAGCCGCAAGCCCUAAUCUCCCUCCUCAAGUCUAUGUUUAAUACCCAUGACCCCACCUGGGAUGAUUGUCAGCAACUUUUACAGGCUCUGUUCACAUUCGAGGACCGAGAAAGAAUUAGAAGACACGCUAUUCGGUCAGUGCUGGGGGAGCUGAGGGGCUUGUUGAUGACCAACAACAACAGGCCCGAGUUGAAGCACAACUCCCCAUCUCCCGUCCCAAAUGGGAAUCGAAUUCCACUGGAGGUAGGGAAGCUCUUCGCAACUACCGUCAGCAUCUCCUGGCCGGCCUUAGGGGAGCCGCUCGCAAGCCUACCAAUUUGAACAAAGUAAGUGAGUUCCUACAAGGGCCUGAGGAAUCCCCCUCUGCCUUCCUGGAACAUUUACUGGAGGCGCACCGCACAUACACUCCAAUUGACCCAGACGCUCCAGUGAACAGGCAGGCAAUCAAUCUGGCUUUUGUAACUCAGUCGGCCCCAGAUAUUCGGAAAAAAUUACAGAGAAUUGAGGGCUUUGAAGGAGAGAAUAGGGAAAAAUUGAUAAGUGUAGCAGUGAAGGUGUUCACAAACAGGGAUCCACCCGAAGAUAGAAUAACUAAAAAGAUGGCAAGGGCAAAUAUAAUGAUGAUGGCGGAAGAGGGUUUUAUACAGAAGGGGAGAAAAAUGAAAUGGGGAAAUAAGAAGAAUUUAAACUAAUCGGAGAAGAAGAAAAUUCUCCAGAACAGGACUUGCAGGAGGUAAACAGCCGGGUGGAGGUAAACAGUUGGGAGACCAUCCACCCGAUGGUACCGAACCCCUACACACUGCUGAGCCUCAUUCCGCCUGCACAUGUAUGGUAUUCAGUUCUUGAUCUCAAAGAUGCAUUUUUCAGCCUGCCCCUGGCACCGGUGAGCCAGCCACUCUUUGCAUUUGAAUGGACAGACCUGGACACUGGAACUACUGGACAAUUGACAUGGACUCGAUUGCCACAAGGCUUUAAGAACUCCCCCACACUGUUCGGGGAGGCUCUCAGCAGAGAUCUACAACAGCCACCGAGGGACUCCUGGAGGCCCUACAAGGUCUGGGAUAUCUAGUGUCCUCGAAGAAAGCCCAGCUCUGCAAAACCAAGGUAACUUACUUGGGUUAUGUUCUUGAAAAAGGAAAAAGAAAGUUAGCUGAAUCCAGGG